UUUAAUAGGAUGGGCAGGCAUUAGCAGUAAGACGCUCCCAGCAUCCAGGUUUGACAAAUCCAGUGUGCCAAAUCCACUGUGUGCCACUCUGGGAGGUACACAGUGGUCUUUGGAAUUUUGUGGGCUUUUUUCAGCACUUUUUGGAGCGCUAAAUAAGAAAAGAACAGCCUCGUCUUUCAUUUCGUUGCCGCUCUCCUUCCCCUUACUCCCCCCGGUCAAGACUCAGAGCCCGCCGCUGCAACCAUGGUGGUGAUGAAGAUGAAGUUCCCCUUUCAGAAAAGGGUUAAGCUCGCCCAGGGACUGUGGCUCCUCUCCUGGUGUGCCACGGCAGCCGGGGCCAUCACCUUCACUCUUGGUUGCAUCCUUAAGGCAGAACUACGCAGAAGGGCAGAGGUUAUGGAUAACGGCGAUAUUCAUAUCGUGCCCAACACCCUCAUGAUUGUUGGUCUGGCCUCUUUGGGGAUCAACUACUUUUCAUCAAAGAUCUGUGCAGACGCCCUUGACGCUGGGCGAUUCCCUCGCUGGAAAAAUUUCUUGAAGCCCUACUUUGCCACUUCUUGUUUCUUUACUGUACUCAUGCUGUUUGCAGUCAUUAUGAGCUACGUGAUGAAGGGCAGUCUAGAGUCUUCUCUGAAGGUAGGCCUGAAGAACGGCAUCCGCUUUUAUAAGGACACGGAUACCCCAGGCCGCUGCUUCCAGAAGCAGAACAUUGAUCGCCUGCAGAUGGAGUUUCAGUGUUGUGGAAACAAUGACCACAGGGAUUGGUUUGAAGUGCAGUGGAUUAGCAAUCGAUACCUUGAUUUCAAUUCCAAGGAAGUGAAAAAUCGCGUCAAGAGCAAUGUGGAUGGACGUUACUUGGUAGAUGGAGUCCCAUUCAGUUGCUGCAACCCCAGUUCUCCUCGACCGUGCAUCCAAUAUCAUCUCACCAACAAUUCAGCUCACUAUAACUACGAGUAUCAGACAGAGGAGCUCAACAUCUACCUGAGGGGCUGCAGAGAGGCUCUGGUCAACUAUUAUAUGGGCCUGAUGAACACCAUUGGGGGUGGAGUACUGUCAGUCUUCCUCUUGCAGGGUUCUGUUCUGGUGAGCCUGCGCUUCCUGCAAACCUCCAUGGAGGCAGUGGCAGGGAAUGAGAACACAGAAAUCGAGACAGAAGGAUAUUUGCUGGAGAAAGGAGUGAAAGACACCUUUAUGGAGUACUUUGAUCCUGUGCUUAAGUUCUUGUUGCUUAAAAACCAUGUGCAGGAAGGCACUCCUGAGGGCUCUGCAGCUUCCACUUAAGCACUUAUUUACAUACUUUUUAAACAGGGAGCCCAAAUUAACAAAAUCAGAAUUAACAUUUUCCAAUUUCAUACUUUCUUCAUUUAGAAAUUUGCCAGGGAAAACCAAACAAUAUGCAGUGGUACAGGUACCUCAGUGUUUAUUAAUAAUUCAUUCCGAAAAGUCCGGUUGCCAAGUACAAAAACCGACGCAAUUUUUCCAUUGGAUUGUCUACAAAUAUAGACACAAAAUAUAUUUUAUACAGCAAUGAAGUGAGAGAUGGGUUGGGCCACCUGGGUGUCUCUUUAAUUCUUCCUUGAAUUUAGUAGAGUUUCUCGCCUUGGGAAUUUUUGUUUGGGCACAAAUAGCGGAAUGAUACAUGGACAAAACUGAUUAGGUUGUUACGCGCGGUGUUUGGCCAUAAAAUAACAGCAACUGUUAUUCAAUGUGGUUAAAAUGUAUACGAAAACAAGUGUGUCCGCAAACCAACCUACCACUGUAUAUGCAUAAUCAUAAUAUUAUUGUAUGCACUUUCUUGAUCACAUUUUAUAAACUGUUAUCACAGUCAUUUCUGUUGUUAAAUACAAAAAAAAUGUAUUGGCGCUCAUCACAGCAUGUACAAAAUUUCAUAUGUAAUUAGUAUUUUAUCUCAUUAUACUCACAUCGCUUGUAUUUGUUUGUAUUUACACAAAAACGUGAAGUCACAAUUAGUUCAUUUUGAAAUGUAAGGAUUCAUCUUUAUGUUUCAAGAUUACUAUAAAAACAUAAAUAAAUGCAUUACAGUAUUUUUAUGUUUUGUGGGAGUCUAGACUGACAUGAGGCACGGUCAGGAUGAUAGCAUACAGCUCGUUUAUUAAAAUUUGAAGGUUGCAUUUGCCUUAUGUAGUGGACUCAAUUAUUCCUGCUUCAACAUCAUGUGUAAUUGAAAAGUACUGAACAUGUCACACAUCAUUACAGUUGUUCCAACACAGAAUGCGCAUCUUAAUUUCUCCUUGUCUCACUCAUGUGAAUCGGAUUAAGACAGCCUAUUAUACCACAUCAGUAAUGCACUGAAAGCCAUUAACAGUGUCCUCCAUUGUGGCACCUUUGCUAAAGCUGUUCAUCCCAUUUGUUAAUACUCAACCUGCUGCACCUGCAGUCUUAUAUAUAUCUGGGGAAGGUGGAUGGAAGGAGCAAAAUUUACACAGGCGUUGUAUUGUGAAGUCAUGUAUGACUUAAAGUUACAAAGUAACAAUGACACAUGUUUUCUUCCUUAUUAGACUUCCUUUUAUUGUCAUUCAAAUUGAACUUUACAGUACAGAUAAGAACGGAAUUUUGUUGCAUUAGCUCAUGGUAGUGCAGGAUAAAAGAGCAAUAAGGUGCAGAUAUAAAUAAAUAGAUUACUGUACAGAUAAAUAUAUUGCACUUUUGCAUAUGCAUCCACGUUUAUGAAUGAUUAUUGAUUAACGUGGACCCCGACUUAAACAAGUUGAAAAACUUAUUUGGGUGUUACCAUUUAGUGGUCAAUUGUACGGAAUAUGUACUGUACUGUGCAAUCUACUAAUAAAAGUAUCAAUCAAUCAAUCAUGUAUGUUACAUUGUCUUUAUAUUACAGCAAUUUAAUCCAUUUUUGGGGGGAAUUGACGGGAUUAUUUUAAUGCGUUCAAGAGUCUUACGGCCUGAGGGAAGAAGCAGUUACAGAACCUGGUGGUUCUGCUACAGAGGCUGCGGAACCUCUUUCUUGAGUCCAUUAGUGAAAACAGUCCUUGGUGGGGGUGGGAGGAGUCUCUGCAGGCAGCGGCUUUUUGCGAUAACCUGGAUAGGAGGAAGAGGAGUCCUGAUGAUCUUUUCCGCCGUCGUCACCACUCUCUGCAGAGACUUCCAGUCUGAGGCACUGCAGGCUCCAGUCCAGACAGAGAUGCAGUUGUUCAGUAGGCUCUAUAUAGUGCCUCUGUAGAAUGUGGUGAGAAUUGGGGGAAGCAGUUGUGCUCUUGUGUGGGUCGGAUCACAGCUGACUCUUCUCAUCCUGGACACAAACUAUUCUCCCCUUCCCCUCAGGCAGGAGACUACGGUCCAUCCAGACCCACACCUCCCGCCACCUGAACAGUUUUUCCCCUCGGCCAUCAGACACAUGAACAAUAACAAGAUCUGAUAGCUCAGUUACAGCUCAUCUCAUUACCUAUUAUGUCUUAUAUGUCUUUUAUGUUGCACGAUUGCACCAAGAAAAAUUCCUAGUUUGUGAACCCGUUUUCAAACAAUGGCAAUAAAACUAUUCUGAUUCUGA